CCUGCGAAGCUGGUGUGUUACGUACGCCGAAGGGCGGUUAUACCGGCUAUACAGAUACAGAAACAGAUACAGAAGAUGCAGCCCACGACCUCCUUGUUCGUAUUGACUUUGCUGACGACUACCGUUGGGAAGACCGUUGAUUAUACGGGCCGUAAGUUAACGCACGUCCCCAUAGACUCCAUCGCGUCAGACGCCCAUACAGUCCGACUGUCCGACAACGAGAUAUCCCACCUCGGAUCCUUUCACUCAACCCCGCACAUCCGUUACCUGUUCAUGGACAACAACAGGGUAAACAACCUCUCUCCACAAACCUUCCAAACUCUGCGGGAACUACUCGUCUUGGAUCUUGACAGAAACGACAUCGGUACUCUUCGCGACUUCACCUUUUCGGCCCUCGCCACGCUUUCGGAUCUCCUUCUCUCCAAUAACCUCAUAUCUGCCAUCUCGGAGCGGGCCUUCCACGGUCUGGCAAGCCUGGAGUUCCUGGAACUUUCCGGGAACCGACUGUCGGUGUUCCCCAGGGAGGCUAUCCGGCUGAUUCCUAGUAAACAACUGAUGUUAGUCCUGCUCAUGGUCAACAAUAUCAGCCGGAUACCGGGAGAUAUCAAAUCCCUCCACCCGUCCGCAUCGUACCAGUUCCAGGGAAACCCUUUGCUCUGUCCUGAGGAAGACUCGAGUCGCGACGACUCGCCUAACGUGGAGAACGUGUCGGUGUGGCCCAACAUAAGACCCUACGGCGUCAACACUCUACGCAACCGCACUCUCGUGAUGAAGUUUUUCUUCAUCAAAGGUCGGCAUAACUAUUUCGGCGUUCUCCCCAACACCUUCUACGUUAAUGAGCACUAUGACUUUAAUCUACCCGAGGUUGCCGUGGAAAGGAGCGUGGGUUAUUACGUCUGGAACACCCCCACAGGACGCCGCCUGGUCCCUGCCACCAAAGCGCUGGAGGUCGAAGAUUUCUUGGCGGAAGACUCGGGGAUGUACACGUGUGUGCGGGACAAAACCGGGGACCACCAUGUCCUACCGCAUCGAUCUGUUGCUGUGCCUCGAUCGCAUGCGGUCUGAACGGGAGAGAGAGGCCGAAGGAAAACGACAACGUCCCCGUCCGAUG